AUGCAAGCAGCUGAUUAUGGCACGGUAGCUAGUGACGCAGGCGCAGCGGAAGGUGCAGCAAGAGCCGCACCAUUGGCGAUGGGCAGGCGAAAGGGCAUUGGCAGCGGGCCAUGGGCGAGCGUCCUUUCGGCGUGGUUGGUGAGAAGAAUGGUAGCGAUUGGCAACGGCGCAGCCACGGGAGGCGAGGGAACGUCGGGAGAAGCAUUGCCCGCCCCGUCGUCUCCUCGUCCUCGUCUCUCCUCCUCCUCGUCUCUCCUCCUCCUCGUCUCUCUCCCCGUCGUCUCUCCUCCCUGUCGCAUCUCCCCAUCGCAUCUGCGCCCUGUCGUCUCCCCGUCGUCUCUUCCCGUCGUCUCUUCCCGUCGUCUCUCCUCUCUGUCAAAUAUUCCCUCUCGAUUCCCCUCUCAUUCCUCUUCCAUCCCUUUUCUCCCCCGCCUCCUUCCCCCCAUCCUCCCUUCCUCCCCACCUCCCUUCUUCCGCUCCUCCAUCAAUCACUUCCUCCCCUUCUCUCUACCUCCCUUCCACCCGCUCUCCCUUCAUCCCUUGCUCCUUCCAACCAAUUCUCCCAUAAGCCCUUCUAUCGCUUCCCCAUGUCUCUGCCACCCUUCCUCCUUUUCCCGUAUCCUCCCGGCCUCCCAUCCUUCCUUCCUCCCGUUCUCACUUUCGCCCUUCCACUUCUCCUCCCUUGUUCGCUCCCCUACUUCUAUCCUCUCUUCUUCUGCCACAUCGUCCCGUCACUCUUUCCUCUCUCCUGCCGUCACGCACUUUACCUUCCUUACUACCUCGCCCAUUACACGACUUGCUCCCUUCCUCUGUUCCACCCUCCCCUCCUCCUUUCAUCCCGUUCGCCGUGCCGCCCUUCCUCUCGAGUGCGCUACUUUGGGAAGCUCUCACUUCUCCCCCCUACACCGUCGCUCUCACCCCUCUCUCACCCCUCUCUCACCCCUCUCUCACCCCUCUCUCACCCCUCUCUCACCCCUCUCUCACCCCUCUCUCACCCCUCUCUCACCCCUCUCUCACCCCUCUCUCACCCCUCUCUCACCCCUCUCUCACCCCUCUCUCACCCCUCUCUCACCCCUCUCUCACCCCUCUCUCAUCCCUCUCUCACCUCUCUCUCACCCCUCUAGGGCUGUCGACACCGCGUCUGACUUCUCCCGCAGUGCACUACCCUGCACUUUGGCCAUCUGCCCCUUAGCUCCUCGCCCGCGCCUUGCACCUCCCCAUCCUCCCGCUGCCCCACACCCCACACUCUCUAACGUGCUCAGGGUGGGACCGGCGGAUCCAUCCUCCACACCAUCCCUCGUCUCCCCAUCCAUUCCCCAUCCCUCGUCUCCCCAUCCAUUCCCCAUCCCUCGUCUCCCCAUCCAUUCCCCAUCCCUCGUCUCCCCAUCCGUUCCCCAUCCCUCGUCUCCCCAUCCGUUCCCCAUCCCUCGUCUCCCCAUCCGUUCCCCAUCCCUCGUCUCCCCAUCCGUUCCCCAUCCCUCGUCUCCCCAUCCGUUCCCCAUCCCUCGUCUCCCCAUCCGUUCCCCAUCCCUCGUCUCCCCAUCCAUUCCCCAUCCCUCGUCUCCCCAUCCAUUCCCCAUCCCUCGUCUCCCCAUCCAUUCCCCAUCCCUCGUCUCCCCAUCCGUUCCCCAUCCCUCGUCUCCCCAUCCAUUCCCCAUCCCUCGUCUCCCCAUCCGUUCCCCAUCCCUCGUCUCCCCAUCCGUUCCCCAUCCCUCGUCUCCCCAUCCGUUCCCCAUCCCUCGUCUCCCCAUCCGUUCCCCAUCCCUCAUCUCCCCAUCAAUUCAUUCCCCAUCCAUCCUCUCCCCAUCCUUCCUUCGCCAUCCCUCCUCUCCUGGUCCCCUCCUAUUCUCUCCCCUCCUCUCUCCGCCCGCUCUUCUCCCAGUCCCGUCCUCUCCCAGUCCCCUCCUCUUCUUAUCCGUUCCUCCCCCUAUCCCCUCCACUCCCCAUCCCCUCCCCUCACCACUCACUCCUCUUCUCAUGCCUCCUCUCCCCAUCCAUCCGUGCCACCAUCCCCUCAGGUGUCUCCACACCGGGAUCAGCCCCGUGGCACCUCCACAUCCGCGCCGCACUUGUGCACCGGGGAGCUCUAGGGGCGCUGUUCGGGGACAGCGACGGGCAGAAUUGUGA